AUGUGCGGAGGCACUCUUUUGCUCAUGCUUCUGCACAGUGCGAUUCGGAACGCAAGCUGUCAUUCAGGCCUGCUUUGCUUGGCUUUUCACAUGUUUCUCGGUUUUGUAGUGGCAUCAGAUGAGGGCCACUCUCUGCCAAGCUGUGAGCCAUACAACAUUUCAUCAGCUGACGACUCCCUGAAAGCCGCGGAGCAAGGCCGCUUUUUGCAGGUCCUGCGCCAAGCCCCGCGCGAAGUCUUCACGCUUCGCAUGCAGGAGGCCGUCCGGCGGCUGCUAGAGCAACCUGGGCCAAGCAAAGGAAAGAAAGACGCCAAGUCUGGGGCGGUGCUUAUCCAAGAUGCUGAAGAGAUGGCAGGCUUGGGCGACUUGGUGCUGGGUGCCUACAGGCAGACGGGUGCCCCGGAGCUGCUGCGCACGCUCAUCACCCUGCGGCUUGCAGCCCUGGAGGCUGCCCCGAGCACAGUGCGCAUGAUCGGCCUGGCGGAUGCUUACUUCGACCUGUGCCGCCACAGCACGGCCGCAGCUCUCCAGGCGCUCUCCUGGCUUUUGGCCGCGGAAGCAACGGGAAAGAUGUGCAACGCCAAGGUGAUUCUCCUUUUCAAGCAGCUGGACCGCGGCACGGAGGCCGAACAGUAUGCCAGCGAAUGUGGCUUGUCAGCCCACCGUCUACACUUGCAGAACCCUUUGCUGCAGACCCAGCCCUGGUGGGAAUUGAAGGAUCGGCGUAGCGAGCGCGCGCCACCAAUGUAUGUGAACUUCUAUGCUUUAGCCCCGCAUGCUCACAUCAUUCCACACUUGGGCAACGACUUGCGCUUGACGAUUCAUCUGGCAUUGGAGGUGCCACCUCAGAACCAAUCCUACAUCAGAGUCGGGGAUGAGACUUUCAACUACACACACGCGGGCCAGAUGCUUGUUUUCGAUGAUGCUUACGACCACGAAGUUUGGAACCAAGCUGCCACCACCCGCCUGGUGCUUGGCAUCACAAUUUGGCACCCCGAGCUUUUGCGAAGACAUGUGAUGAAACCGAGCUUCGUCCCCAGCGGCUUUGAGCUGGAUGGGGAUGCCACUGUCCUCCAGGGGCGCGAGAAAUCGCCGUACGUGGCCUUCAGAGACCAGUUCAAGGCUUACCGGCAGAAUGGGAAGACAGUGGAAUGCGUGAUGAGGCAGAAGCGCUUGCCCACGCUUCUGGAGGGCAUCUACGAAGGCCCGGAGGGCGAGUCGAUGCUCAUCGCAGAUGUGGAGGCGAGGUUGACACAGGUGCCAGAGGGCGACCCUCAGGAUGUGGAGCUCUGGAAGCGCUCGGUGGCCGUCAGCUGCUUUCGAGAGCUUGGGUUCCUCAAGCGCGGCGUGUAG